AUGGGAAUAGUGAGCUCAGGACUUGGCUUUCCUGUGAAAACGUCUUCGAAUCAAGAACUUCCGGCAAAAUUGGCGACAGAUUUGAUGAAAAUGCUGGAAGGAGAACCGAAGAAGCAGGGUAUACCUUAUGGAAUCAAUGCGAAGGAAGAAGCAAAGAUUCAGAAAAAGGAUUCACCGUUGGACAACUUGGCACACAGUUUUUUGGAAAUGUUGAUGCCUACAACAACUAGAGCUCCACAAUUAGAUUUUUUUAGCCUUUUAAAUGUGGGUUUUUUUUGGAAUCAGUGGUUUUCAGAUUGAUUUUAGUAGGUAUAGGCGGCUUUUGGAUUUGUUUUAUUAGAUGUUAGCGGCUUUUUCAUUGAUUUUAGUAGGUUUAGCCCUUUUGGAUUCAUUUUAUAAUAGUAAGUAAAUGCUUGCUAUUACUGCCUUGUGACUUUUGUUUUAGGGUAAUUUGGUGAUUUUUAAUUCAAAAAUUAAAAAAAAAUAAGAAAUUUUUAACUUUUAAGGGUCUAAAAAAGUCUUGUCGUUUUUGACCUUGAAAACCUAUGCUAAAUGACGACCAGACUUUUUUCUAACCAUAAUAAACCUUAAUUUUAAAAUUUUUUGAUUUCUAACUGAAUAUACCUGCCAUUUCCAGCCCUCAAACCAGCCAAUGGACGCCCUUCUGCCUCAGCCUCCAAUAAUGCCAUUGAAUCCGAAUGCUCGUCAAUUCGAUUUUGGCAAUGAUCGACUCGUACUGCGUGAAGGAGCUGGCGCCGAACCGACCCAAGACUUUUUGACCAAGACCUUAGGUGGGCCGUGGCAGGAACGGGGAGUCAAAUGGGCCGAAAAUGGUAAUAUUUUAUUGGUGAAUCGAAGUGGAAAUCGAUUUUUGGGCUCGGAACUGGCUGUUAGAGAUCGAACAGUAGAGAUUCCGUUCAAUCAAUGGUUGAAUAUGGCUUCGAAUCUGAUGGACUUGGCUGAUGAUCGGAGGAUUUAA